AAUUUUAAGUGUUUACGUCUGCUGUUUCUAGUCGUAUCGGUUGUGGUUGUUGUCGUGCAAUUAGUUUUUAAGUGAACUAUGAUCUUAUUAACGUUGUGAUUUACGCAUUCGGCUGUAGCGGCUUCUGUUCAAAUGUAAAUGCACCCCAAUUCUUAAUUUAUAAAGGUAUAGGUGCUGAUGGCCUACUACUUCAGUGAUAACAUACACACUAAAUCACUAACUCCAAGAGAACACCAGGUUGAACUUCUUGAUGCUGCAAAAGAGCGAAACAUAAUUGUAUGUCUUUGCUCGAGCUCUGGGAGAGUAUUCAUAGCAACAAAGUUAAUCCAGGAAUUUUCAAAUGCGAUACGAAGGCCAAUUAAGAAUGGAGGCAAACGUUCAGUAUAUCUUGUGGACAGCGUGGCACUGGUGGGACACCAAGCAACCUACAUCAAUAACUUGACAGAUUUAACUGUUGGUGAAUACAGUGAAUUCUCAAGUGUAACCGAUUGGGAGAAAGAAUUAAUGGAAAAGCAGGUGCUUGUCAUGACAAGUGACGUUUGCAAUGAUGUCAUCAGUAAUGGCAUUCUUAGGAUUGAGGACAUAAAUGUGCUUGUGCUUGAUGAAUGUCACAAUGUUUUACAGAACCAUCCAAUGAGAAGGGUCAUGCAGUAUGUGUCAUUGUCUCCUAAAAGACCUCGAAUUCUGGGACUUACAGCACCAAUCUUCAACAGUACAGCAGAUCCUGGUCGCUUGGAAGGUGAAAUGCAGAGAUUAGAAGCUGCACUUCUCAGCACAGCAGAAACAGCAAGUGACAUUGUUUCAGUACUAAGGUAUAGCACAAAACCAAAAGAAUUUGUUUUGGAAUGUGCGCCUCAUCAACCAGGUGAAUUAGAUAACACUUUAGAGGAUAUCGUCACUGAUGUGUUAAACUUUAUUCAGGAUCAUCGAUACGAUCCAUUAGAAGUGUAUGAUGAUGAAUUUUUUGAGGAGCUGAAGGAUAUUCCUGACCCGAAAUCUGAUCCACUAAAAAUCCUCAAUGAAUUCUUAGAUGUGCUACACACACUAGGCCCAUGGUGUGCUGACAGAGCAGCAUUCUCACUUUUGCUGCAUGUAGAAAAACUAAAAGUGAAGACACCAUAUGAGAGGCAUUUUCUUUUGCUGUGUAUGAUUUCAACUGUACUUGUGAAAAUUCGGGCUGUAUGUGAUGAUUACUUUAAGGGCCUCCCUGAAAAAGAAAAGAUACUAAAGUUUUCUUCACCAAAAGUACUUCGUCUCUUAGAAAUCAUCAAGCAGUUUAAACCUGUCCGAUGUCUUUGUGUUAGAGAAGAAAAUCAGUCUGUAAAAGACACUAAAAUAUGCACUGUUCCUGAAUGUUGUGGUGUGAUUAAAAACAGAGAAUUUCCAGAAGAAACUAUUUCUGUAUUAAGUUAUGACAGAUCUUUACUCCUGUCACUAAACUUUUCGCCAAGUGUUGAUGCAAUCAAAAUUCAGAAUCAUGUGAAAUGCAAAGACUUACCCUUCAGUAUAUGUGAUACAACUGAAUGCCAAAGAAUGUCCAAUCACAUAUAUGAUAAUAACAGCAUGAACUGUUUUAUAAAGCAUCGUUCAUUUCCAGUUUGCAUAUACAGUUGUUCUCUACGGACCUGUGGGGAUGAAGACAUUCACGGAAAGCAUGUCCACAUGAAUGGUAGUACUCUGAAGAUUGUUAGUGAACAAUUUUCAAUAGCCAACGUGUUAAGAAAUGUUUGGAAUUCAUGUAGGAGGAGCUUGCAUUCCAGUUCAGAAAGUUUGUGUCAUGUUGAACUAAAUAAACUGUCUCCUGUGAGCUUAUUAAGAACUUUGCAUAUCAAUAAUUGUGACUGUAUUCACUGUAAAUACCAUGCUUAUGUUUCCUUACAUGAGGGAUAUAGUGAAGAAAAUAAUGUGGAUGAAUGUGUUGUUAGUGUGCUGUCAAAGAAUGACGUAUCCACUUUCCGUGAGAAUUUGAGUAGUGAAGUGUCUUUAAAUAAUACAUUGACAAAAUCAUAUUUUGAUAACUAUGAUGAUCAGAAGAGUGAGCCUUCCACUCCCUGCAGAGCAGUGAUUGGAAGAGGACGUUCAUCGAAACAACUACGAAAGGCUGGACCUGGGUCUGGAAAGUUCGAUGUUCAAGGCAGAAAUUUCCGAAGUGCCUUGCAGGAUGACGCAGAUGCACUUUGUGGCAUAGUGUUCGUUGAGAAGAAAUUCACAGCUAAGAUCCUUUAUCACCUUUUAAAUGAAAUUCGCCGUAAUGAUGAAGAUUAUAGUUUUGUGGCACCACAGUAUACAGUUGACAAAGAAGCUGAUCCUUUGACAGAGCCUCGGGAAGCAGAAACUGAACACAGAAAACAAGAAGAAGUUUUAAAGAGGUUUCGAAUGCGAGAAUGUAAUCUUCUCAUUGGCACAUCAGUUUUGGAGGAAGGUAUAGAUAUUCCCAAAUGUAACCUGGUUAUUCGUUUUGACGUUCCUUCGAUGUAUCGCUCGUAUGUUCAGUCUAAAGGACGUGCUCGUGCUCAGGAUGCCUAUUACUUAUUAAUGAUUGAAGAGAGUAGAACUGAAGACUUUGUUGAAAACUUGGCCCAGUAUUUUGAAAUUGAACAGAUGCUUCUUAGAAAAUGCGCCAAUAAAGAACCUUCAGAGGAAGAAGAAAUGGAAGCAGACAAAUGGACUGACAUGAUAGAAGCAUAUAGUCCACCAUCAAGCCCGAGCCAUUCAUCAGUUAACAUGUCAACUGCUGUAGCAUUGGUGAACAGGUAUUGUGCAAAACUGCCUAGUGAUACAUUUACAAGACUUUCACCACUGUGGUCCCUGAAAACUGAAGAAAUUGAUGGAAAGACCCACUACAUUUGUACUGUGCGCCUUCCUAUCAAUUCUCCUGUGAAACACAAUAUUGUGGGUCUCCCAAUGCCUACGAGGGUUCUUGCACGACGCAUUGCAGCAUUAGAAACAUGUCGUAUUCUUCAUCAAGCAAGGGAACUUGAUGAUAACCUCAUGCCAGUUGGAAAGGAACGUUUUCACAUACAUGAGGAAGGUGACCAAGUUGGUGACCCUGAUGACCCAGAGGAUGUUGCUUCUCGUGAUUCAUUGGAGCCAAAGCCAGGAACAACAAAGCGUCGGCAGUAUUACUAUAAGCGUAUCUCUGAUGCUCUGACAGAUUGCCGUCCAGUUGCAGGCAAGCCAUCUUUGUUGUAUAACUUGGCAAUGGUGUUAACUUGUCCUUUGCCUGAGGAACAGAACACAAGAGGUAGGAAGAUAUAUCCUCCAGAAGACUCGCUGCAGGGUUUUGGGAUUGUAACAUCAAAGACUAUACCAAAGAUCUGUCCCUUUCCUAUCUUCACACGCUCUGGUGAAGUUAGUGUCAACCUAGAACUGUCAGACACAAAUGUGGUAUUAACAAAAGAGAAAAUUGGUAUGAUCGUAACAUUCCUGAAUUACACUUUCACAAGUGUCCUACGACUGCAGAAGUAUCUUAUGAUGUUUGACCCACAGGCAUCAGAAAAUUCUUAUUUUAUCGUACCUACGAGAAAAAAAACCAAAGAAUCUCUGGCUGAAGUUGACUGGGAAUUUCUAGAACGUAUAUAUAAAGAUUGUGAUCUUCGUCCACAACCUAUUCCUCAGGAAGAAAGAGCGCAGUUCGUAUUUGAUGCUUCCAAAUACCAUGAUGCUGUAAUAAUGCCAUGGUAUCGUAAUCAGGAUCAGCCUCAGUACUUCUAUGUUGCUGAAAUUUGCUCUCAUUUGAAUCCCAAAUCAACGUUUCCUGGAUCUGAAUACAAAACAUUUGAUGAAUAUUAUUUCAAAAAGUACAAUAUCCAGAUACAAAAUGAUACACAACCACUUCUGGAUGUUGAUCACACAUCUGCAAGACUUAAUUUUCUGACUCCACGGUAUGUUAACCGGAAAGGGGUUGCUUUACCUACCAGCAGCGAAGAAACAAAAAAAGCAAAACGUGAAAAUCUGGAACAGAAGCAGAUUUUGGUUCCAGAGCUAUGUACUGUUCAUCCUUUUCCAGCAUCUUUAUGGCGAAAAGCUGUUUGCCUCCCAUGUAUUCUUUAUAGGAUAAACGCACUCUUACUUGCGGACCAAAUUAGAUGUCAAGUAGCUAAUAAUAUUGCACUUGGCCAAGAGAAACUUCCAGCAGAUUUUGAGUGGCCUCCAUUGAACUUUGGAUGGAGUCUAGCAGAUGUAUUGAAAAGAUCCAAAGAAAAUGCUGCUAAAGUACCUGAAAUCAAAGUGGUUACUUUUGGGCAGGAAACAGUGACAUCUAAAUUAAGCAAGACAAGUAAUGAAGCAGAAGUAAAAGAUAUUUACUGUGAGCAAAAGAAGAAGACUGCAAAUGAGAUCUUGACAGAAGAAGAGAAUAAAUUGUCUGGUGAAUGGAUGGAAAUUGGUACAUGGUCAAAUGACAUGGCAGAAAGAAAUCCAAUGGAAUCAGGUGAUAUUGAUGAAUUUGAUCCAAAUAUUGCUCUACCAUCAAAUUUAACAUUGCUUGGAAAUGAUUCAGAGUUAACAGACUUACAUAAUGGAGAAGGAAGCAGUGACUGGGGAACAGGAAUUGAAGCUCAGUUUGAAGGAAAGGUACGAUAUGGGUCACCAAGUAGCUGGAUGAGAGCAGACCAUUUUACUAAUUUUGAUGGUGACUGUAUAGGAUAUGAAUCAGAUGAAUCUUACAAUGAGCUUGUACAUGAAACAGACAGUUUUGACUGCAAUGCUUUUCAAGUACAUUCAGGAAUUAGAAUUGAAUUCAAAAGUGAUAAUGUUGCAGAGGCUGUAGAGGAUGAACCACAGACCAAGCAACCAGCUUUAAAAAGCAGCAGUGCAGUUGUGGCAACGAGUGUUGCAGCCAGUGAAGUGCCAUGGAAUUGGGACAGUAAAUCUGAUGCUGAAUCUGACAAAAUUACAGAAAUGUAUGCAAAUCAUUUUGAUGAAGCAACAAAGAAGAACAUAUGUUAUAUAAGAAAGAGUGGUAUACUAAUAAGAAAAGAUCAGCCUCUGGUGAUUGUGAGAUCCCUGUCCUCUUGUGCAGGGCAGUUUCAGAAUAUUCCUGUUGAAAUACAUAUACAAAGGUCUCUAAAUAGCAGUCUUCUGCAGAACAGCUUCUCACAUUCACAUUUUGUAGCUGGCUGUAAAAUAGUCUUCAAUGUAGGUAAACUUUCACUAGAUAAUGGCGAUGAUGACUUAGAUACCAAAGAAGCUUUAUACACAGCUGGUAGUGUAACAGUGUGUGACAGGAGAUUGUCAUGGAAUGUUGAUGGUGAUGAGGAGGAAGAUAUAAUUAGUAAAUUUAGUUUUGAUGCACAGCCAGAACUUGAAGGGCAUCCUGGUCCAAGUCCAAGUAUAAUACUUCAAGCAUUAACAAUGUCAAAUGCCAAUGAUGGAAUUAACUUGGAAAGACUGGAAACAAUAGGUGACUCAUUUUUGAAAUAUGCUAUCACAACGUACUUAUAUUGUACAUAUGACAAUAUCCAUGAGGGAAAACUAAGCCAUUUGAGAUCCAAACAGGUGAGCAAUCUUAACUUAUACAGACUUGGACGGAGGAAAGUGUUUGGAGAAAGUAUGAUUGCUACAAAGUUUGAGCCUCAUGAUAACUGGUUGCCACCAUGUUACUAUGUUCCUCGUGAAUUGGAACAAGCUCUUGUAGAAGCUGGUAUUCCUGCUAGUCACUGGAACCGUGCUGAUAUACCUAACUUAUUACCGUUGUCACGUGAGGAGAUAUGUGAGCUUGUUAGAGAACGCUGCAAUCAGUUUCAGCGUUGUAGAGAUUGUGAUGAAGGUGAAGUGUCCAUACGUGCAGAAGAGUAUGACAGUGUUGAUAAAAUGCCGUGCUUCAUUCCUUAUAACCUGAUAACACAACAUAGUAUUCCAGACAAGAGUGUAGCUGACUGUGUGGAAGCGCUUAUUGGAGCAUAUCUCAUUGCAUGUGGGCCAAGAGGUGCCCUGCUUUUCAUGGCAUGGUUAGGAAUUUGUGUUCUUCCUAGAGAAGAAAUUAUUUUGGAAAGCAGUAGUCCAAACCUCACUCCAGAGGAGAGACCGGUUGGUAGUUUAAAACCAGCAUUUGUAUGUGAAGACAGUGAUGGGACUGCUGUCUGGAAGCAGGUGAGGUAUGGCACAUUGCAGUCACCUCCAUCACCACUUCUCAGGAAUGUCUCAAAUCCAGAGCGGAAGUUGGAAGCCUUACUUGAUGGAUAUGAUGUAUUUGAACAAAAAAUUCAGUAUAAAUUUCGUGAUAGGAGUUACUUGCUACAGUCACUCACACAUGCUUCCUACUCACCAAACAGACUUACAGAUUGUUACCAAAGGCUUGAAUUCCUUGGAGAUGCUGUUCUGGAUUACCUUAUCACUCGUCAUCUGUAUGAAGAUUCACGUCAACAUUCUCCGGGUGCUUUGACUGACCUACGCUCAGCUCUUGUGAAUAAUACAAUAUUUGCAUCACUUGCUGUUCGUUAUGGCUUUCACAAAUACUUCCGUCACUUAUCACCAGGAUUAAAUGAGGUUGUUGAUAGAUUUGUUCGUAUUCAAGAGGAAAAUGGACAUACAAUUAGUGAAGAGUACUAUUUAAUUGAAGAAGAAGAAUGUGAAGAAGCUGAAGAUGUUGAAGUCCCAAAAGCACUGGGAGAUGUUUUUGAGUCAGUUGCUGGAGCGAUCUUUCUGGAUAGCAACAUGUCUCUCGAUGCUGUUUGGAGAGUGUACUAUCGGAUGAUGAAAUCAGAAAUAGAGCAAUUCAGCACUAAUGUACCAAAAUCACCAAUCAGAGAACUUCUUGAACUGGAGCCAGAAACAGCAAAAUUUGGGAAACCAGAGAAACUGGCCGAUGGUCGUCGUGUGCGUGUCUCAGUGGAAGUUUUUGGAAAAGGAAUUUUUAAAGGAAUUGGUCGUAAUUACCGAAUUGCCAAAUGUACUGCAGCAAAAUGUGCCUUGAAGCAACUUAAAAAGAAAGGAUUACUUUCUAAAAAGUUAUGAAGUAUGUUAGAGCAUCAUUCUAUUAAUUUGUUUUCUCAGCCAAGAGACUUCCAGCAAAUUAAUCAAGGAGUCUCUGUAGUGU